CCUCGCCGUUAUUUCAACGAAUCUACAGAAAAGGUUUUGCUUGACAAAACGAAACCAUCAGUCACUCAUAUAUUUAAAUAUGGCUUCAAAACAGUCAUCUGUAUCGCCGCUUCAAUCCUUGCUUAAUCAAAAUCGUUUCAAAUGUGUGACGGUUCUGAGCUAUUCGAAAAUAGCUUCGUUUCUGCUUUCGCAUUCAGUUUUGUCCGAAGACCAACAUGUGGCAAUCAAAAAAGCUUCUACCGACUCCACGGACCGCAUGGAUGAUUUGUUGUCGUUGUUGUACCAGUUGAACUCGAUCGAUGCAUUUCAUCAGUUUCGGAAUGCAGUCAUGGCUUGCGGACACUUUCGUUUGGCUGAAUCGUUAGUGUUGGAUGACCGCAAAUCUGAUGAACUCAGUCCCGUUUUGAAUCCGACGAUACUUGCAGAAGUGUUUGCCCACUUGCCAAAAAGUGAAUUGUGGAAUGUGCGACGCGUUUGUCACGUCUGGAACGAUGUCGUAUGCACGCCCAGCCUAAUGUCGCCAACGGUCCAUUUGAAGAGCCAGAACGAUUUGAGCCUCUGCGUUACAUCGACAACUACAUUUUACAAGGUGGCUACCAACUUUCGAUUGAGCAUAAACGAAUUUUCAGCUGCCGAUAAAAGUUUGUGGACGAAAUUUUCUGAACGUUUUGGCAACAACAUCAAAGCGCUGGAUUUAACAAAACAACUGAGCCGCGACGCUGUUAAGGUGAUAUUCUCGAAAGAUAUCCAGAAAUUUUUCGUGAAUCUGAUCCGGUUACGAGUUAAUGUUUCGUUGGAACCGUCAUUCGUAGAAGAAACACCACUGUCGUUCCUUGCGCAGUUAAAACAUUUGACUAUUGAAGCGACUGAGGAACAAUCGGAAUACGGUCAGAUAGCGUUUUUAUCAAAACUUCUCAAACUUGACCAUCAACUGGAAUCGCUAGCACUGCUUCGGCACUUUUGUAUUGGAGAAUUUCCAUCGGACAUACUACCGAACCUGUUCAGAACCAGCACCAUCGAAUCAAUCGAAAUUGUUUCUCAUGGAGUUCCCUUUCUGAGCGACAAUGAAUUCAAAGCAAUGACGAAUACGAAAAACGCUCCGUCGAAAUUGCAAAACAUAAAAUUUCUUGACAUUUCAAGCCUUACCAAAAGCAUCGUUAUUCAUAAAUUUUUGGUUUCUCAUCGUCGUACGUUGAAGAGAAUUACUUUCCCGUCAUGCAAUGUUUCCUUGGUCGAUUUACCGAAAUUGGACGCUUUGGUAUAUUUGAACGGCAGUGUUAACAUGGAUUCACAUUCCUUGUCAUUUUGCACUCAAUUUCCCAGCCUCGAACAAUUGCAACUCACAAUUAUCGGUAGAGUGGACAUUCGCCGAUUGGACAAAUUUAAACAUAAUGCUCUGCGAUCGUUGCAUGUGACGUUGCAGCUGAGUGUAGGGCUAACAACUGAUGAUGGUGCAAUGAAAGCAUUGAAAGCGUUCAUUUCGUCGUGUUUUCCUAAUUUGAAAAAACUUGAAAUCAAUAAGGAUUAAUCUGCUGUGGGGAUUUUGAUUCUUUCUUUGUUUAACGUCCUCGUUGUCGUCACCAUACAUCAACAAAAAUUUUAUUUAACUAUUUUCUUUCAAUUUUUUUUAA